AUAAUCUACAUUCAACUCUUAUACACACAUGCACAUGUUAAUGGCGACACGUAUUGAUACAAUCCAAAAGCUGAAUGUAUAUCCGAGGUUUGAAAACAAAGACCAGAAGAAACUAAUCACUCUGUCCAAUUUGGACCGUCAGUGUCCCUUACUCAUGUACUUGGUCUUCUUCUACAAGAAUACCACAACUCAUGACUUUGACUCCGUCUUCUCCGACCUGAAGCUCGGCUUGGAGGAGACUCUGUCUGUAUGGUUUCCCGCAGCCGGGAGGCUGGGUUUGGACGGACGCGGCUGCAAUCUCAACAUCCGGUGUAAUGAUGGUGGCGCAGUCAUGGUGGAAGCGGUGGCCACAGGUGUCAAGUUGUCCGAGCUUGGUGAUUUGACUCAGUACAAUGAGUUUUAUGAGACUUUGGUUUACAAGCCUUCCUUUGAUGGUGAUUUGUCUGUGAUGCCUCUUGUUGUUGCUCAGGUGACAAGAUUUGCAUGUGGAGGAUACUCAAUUGGAAUCGGUACAAGCCACUCACUAUUUGAUGGAAUCUCAGCUUACGAAUUUAUUCACGCCUGGGCUUCCAACUCCAACAAAUCGUCCGAUGAUAAGAUUACUAAUAAAAAAGAUCACUUGGUCAUCAAACCGGUCCAUGAUCGAGGAACACUACUGUUUAACCGGGACUUGAAUCAGAGCCGGGAGACUAUCCCAGUAACGAAUGCUGCAGCCAUUUAUCAUCUGUACCAGUUGAUCAAACAGGCGAUGAUGAGCCAUCAGGAGCAAAACCCUGAUCUUGAGUUACCAGACCCUGGUUUUGUGAUCAAAACGUUCGAGCUUAGUGACGAAGCGAUAGAAAGCUUGAAGAAGAAAUUACUAAAAGGGUUCUUGUGCUCCUCCUUUGAGUUUCUUGCUGCUCAUUUGUGGAUGGCAAGAACAAGGGCGUUAGGGUUGAGGAGAGACGCCAUGGUAUGUUUACAAUUCGCGGUGGACAUAAGGAAAAGGACGGAGCCAUCACUGCCAGAAGGGUUUUCCGGCAACGCCUACGUGCUAGCCUCGGUGGUUUCCACGACCAGAGAACUACUCGAAGAACUAACGCUCGAGUCAAUAAUAUACAAGAUUAGAGAAGCGAAGAAUUCAAUCGACCAAGACUACAUCAACGCUUAUAUGGAAGCACUUGGAGGUGGUGAUGAUCAAAGAAACGAUGGGAAUCUCCCUCCUCUCAAAGAGCUAACACUAAUCUCCGACUGGACAAAAAUGCCUUUUCACAAUGUUGGCUUUGGCAAGGGGGGCGUGCCGGUAGAUAACGUGGCGGCGCUGUGUCCUCCGGUUCCACAAGUUGCUUAUUUCAUGAAGAACCCUAAUAAAGAUGCUAAAGGUGUUCUUGUGAGGAUAGGUUUGGACCCACGAGAUGUUAAUGAUUUUACAAAUCAUUUCCUUGAUACCUAAUGCAUUAGCUGGUGAUGAUCAAUUAGUUAAUUAAUUAGUAGAAUGAAUCUUUUGUAAGUUGUUUUUUGUGUUAGUAGUAUAUAAUUUGAUGAUAUGGCUCCUCUAUAUGCAUGCGUGUGUGCUAAAGACACUUUAUUGUAAUUGGGUUAUGAUGAUGUAUAAUUUAGUGACAUAUCUCUCUGCUUUCUA